AUGGCGCUGCCCCUCUCCGUGCCCGCAGCCGUGGCAGCAUUGGCGACCCUGGCCGCCCUCCUUCUUGUCCUGGUAUGUAUGAUUGCUCAUGUAACUGCCAGAAAAAUGCCAACCCUUCACCGACAUGAAGAAGAGAAAUACUUUGUAAAUGCUGAAGGCAGGAAAGAAUCUGUACCAAGUAUACAUGAUCCCCCUGCAAAGGAGCUCUCUGUUGUUGUGCCUUCUUACAAUGAAGAAGACCGGUUACCUCUUAUGAUGGAUGAAGCUUUGGAUUAUCUAGAAAAAAGACAGAAACGAGAUGCUUCAUUCACUUACGAAGUAAUAGUGGUUAAUGAUGGUAGCAAAGAUCAAACUGAAAAGGUUGCAAUGAAGUACUGCAAGAAAUAUGGAAGUGACAAAGUGCGAGUGCUUUCUUUGGUAAAAAAUCGAGGGAAAGGAGGAGCAGUCAGGAUGGGUGUCUUUAGUUCUCGGGGGAGAAAAAUUCUUAUGGCUGAUGCAGAUGGAGCUACAAAAUUUGCAGAUAUUGAAAAAGUAGAAGAAGGUCUAAAAAGUCUUCAACCAUGGCCUAACCAGAUGGCUAUUUCCUGUGGUUCUAGAGCUCAUCUGGAGAAGGACUCAAUAGCAAAGCGCUCUUACUUUAGAACUCUUCUUAUGUAUGGGUUCCACUUCCUUGUGUGGUUUCUCUGUGUCAAAGAGAUCAGGGACACGCAGUGUGGAUUUAAACUUUUCACCAGAGAAGCAGCCUUGCGGACCUUCUCUACUCUUCAUAUAGAACGCUGGGCGUUUGAUGUGGAACUGCUUUAUAUAGCUCAGUGCUUGAGAAUACCUAUAGCAGAAGUUGCUGUCAACUGGACUGAAAUUGAAGGUUCUAAGUUAGUUCCCUUUUGGAGCUGGCUGCAGAUGGGCAGAGAUCUCCUUUUUAUACGACUGCGAUAUAUGACUGGUGCCUGGCAGAUUGAAACAAGAAAAUGUAAUUAGGUUAUUUACAUUUUCCAAAUAUAUUAUUAUACUUACUGGAACAUGAGAACAGUUUCAAUCAAGUGAAGUGGUGAUGAAAGCUGAGGUAAU